AUGACAGUAACCAGGAAGGAAGAAAUCAAGUGGCGUCACUUUCAUGAGGAUCAUCCCAUGAGACCCUAUGAAUACUUCAAACGGUAUAUACCAGAUGAGAUCUUCAAUUUGAUGGCCGACAACACAAAUGUUUAUGCCUUGCAAAGUGGUACACUAAGUUUCAAGCCAACAAGUUCAGAAGAGAUCAGAACCCUAAUCGGUCUCCACCUUGCUAUGGGAGUGAUGAAAAUACCAAGAGUCUCCAUGUACUGGGAAGCUGGGAUGGACAUUGGUAUUUUUCAAAACACCAUGCCCCGUGACAGAUUCUUCCAGCUCCGGUCACAUUUGCAUUUGGUCAACAAUUUGGAGAAGCCAGCUGAGAAUAAGGAUGUGUUUUUCAAGGUACGUCCUCUCUAUGAUGCCAUACGCAGUAGAUGCUUGGAGCUUCCACUAGAGGAGAACCUUUGCGUUGAUGAACAAAUGGUGCCAUUUCGCGGAACUCUGUCUGUCAAGCAAUUCGUCAAAGGCAAGCCACACCCAUGGGGGGUGAAAAUAUACUUCCUGUGUGGGAAAAGUGGCAUGGCCUACGACCUCCUGCUGCACCAAGGCACUACAAUGGAGCUAUCACAACAGCACAGGAAGCAGCUGGGACUUGGAGCUGGAGUGGUAUACCAUCUUAGCCAGCGAAUCACUGAGGCCAACCACAAGUUGUAUUUUGACAACUAUUUCACAACAUACAAUCUUCUGGAGCUGCUGGCUGAGAGGAAAAUUCAUGCCGCUGGGACAGCAAGGGUCUCUAGAUUUGCCAGGCCUCCUCUACAGUCUAACAAAGAGAUGGCCAAAAAGCCUAGAGGAAGCUGUGAUGAAGUUGUAAGCCGUGAUGGUAAGGUGGCACUGGUCAAAAGGUAUGACAACAGACCAGUUCUCAUGGCCUCCAACUUAGUUGGUGUUGGCAGAAUGGAUGAAGUGCAGCGGUGGGACAAAAAGAAGGCCCAGUUUGUGAUGGUGUCCCGUCCAGAGGUGGUUAAGCUGUACAAUGAAGCAAUGGGUGGCGUUGACCUGCUUGAUCAACUUGUCAGUCUGUACCGUACAGAAAUUAGGUCAAAAAAGUGGACCCUGAGAAUGAUAACACAUGCUUUUGACAUGGCUGUGGUCAACAGUUGGUUGGAGUACAGGCUGGACGCCAAGACGGCCAAUAUUCAGUCCAAAGACAUCCAGGAUCUCCUCCAUUUCAAGAUGAAUGUGGCCCAGUGUCUGGUGAGAGUCCAUAAAACAGUGGCAGCAAAACGUGGAAGACCCAGCAUGUCUCCAGAACCACAGCAUGUCCCCCAGAGACCAGUUCGCACACCAUUUCAGGAUGUAAGGCCUCUACCUGAAGUGCAGUACGACAUGGUUGACCACAUGCCAAAUUAUGAUGAAAAGAAAGAGGCUACCAGAUGCAAGAUGCCAAACUGUACAGGAAAAACACGUCUUUUGUGA